UAUUGUAGUGACAGAGUGUACAGUCUACAGAGCUGUGGGUGUGUUGCUCUUAUGCCUGCUGGGUCCUCUGAGGAAUGGCUGACACAACGGAGAAAUGCCACAAAAGACUUUUAGGAGGGGCUUCCUUCCCCUCCUUCCUCUUCCAUCUUUCACCAGCGGUAUUUUAUUAGGCAGCCUGCAAAGGUUUGGACACCGUCACCUUGUUUCGCACGAGAAGCUCUCGCGCUCACGCUCGCUCUCGCUUUCGUACGGUGAUCGUUUGUUGUUAAAAGGGUAAAGUAUGGACUGCUUUGCUCAUCAGACCGUUCUGUUCCUCGCGCUGAUCGCCUUCCACGUGGGACAGGCGCUGCGCUGCGCGUGCACGAAGGAGCUAAGAAAGUGCGCGAGCAUCCACGAAACGCCGGCAGACUUUAACAGCGUCCAGGUUAAGUGCAGAACGCUGGGAGGCGAGUUAAUGCGAGCUGGGGCUGCAUCGUCCAACGAUACCAUCGCUGCCCUGCUCAACGGCACGAGCGGAUCCUUCUGGACUGGACUGGAAACAAAAGGAAAGGAAAUGUGCUUGUCCGUUUCCAGCGGCAAGAAAUGGACAGAAACGGAGUGCAAAGGAAAACUGGACGGGUUCAUAUGUGCUGGAAUUAGCUGGGACACCUGCUGGGUGAAAAUGACCACACAAGCCAUACUGCUUAACAACGAAGACUGCAGUCUGGGUCCAUGCGAGCACAACUGCAAGGACGUGCGCAAUGGAUACGCGUGCACGUGCAUGAAUAAAUACAGGCCUGCUCUAAAGGACCCUCGAUGCUGCGAGUACUUCUGUUUAACUCCCACCUGCAAGUUGUUGUGCAUAUCUGACUCUGUCUGCGUGUGCCCCACCGGCUACGUGGUAGAUGACGGUCAGAUUUGCACGGAUAUAGACGAGUGUGCGUCCAACCACAACUGUGCGCAUAACUGCACGAACACCCUCGGGAGUUACGAGUGUUCCUGCGAAAAAGACUAUGUUCUCGUAAACGGCACCGCGUGCGUUUUAAGUGUCGACCCCUGGUUACCCCCUCCAACCGCAGCUGGAAGCCCGUUUAUCACCCCCGCUCUGAACUACACCUCGGGGCGCGUGACCCUGGCCGGCCCGGGAGAAUACGUAGGAAUCACUGUGUUUAUCAUUGCUGCGCUCGUCGGUCUGGUACUGCUCGUACGCUAUUUGCGUUCACGCAAAACUGAGGAAAACCUGAAGGACUGCGAUGUCCUGGCCGACACUCAGCAAACUCUGUAGGCAGUUGCUUCAUUAGCUUAUUGACCCCAGACGGUUUUAAAGAAUGUAUGAAAAAGUUAUACUAAACAAGUUAUGAAUAUUUAUAUGAUUUCUUUUCUUAUUUUCUAUGUUCUCUUAUGUGUUUUGUUGUGCCAAUAUAUGGUUUACAUAGUGUCAUUUAUGGACGCAUGCAUGAAAAACACAUUUAUUUAUGUACUUUUUAAAGUUACACUUUACAGUAGUGACAGUCAAAAGUUUGUGCACACCUCUUCUCAUUCUUAUAUAUUUUUUAAAUUGUAAAUGUAAUAUUGAAGACAUUAAAACUAUACAGCAACACAUGCAGAUUUAUCUUGUAAACAAAAAGUGUUAAACAAACCAGAAUAUGUUUUAUACUUUAGAUUCUUCUAAGUUGCCACAUUUAGCUGUAAUGACAUAUAUUGCACACUCCUGGUAUUUUAAUCCAAGUGUCUUCAUAAGGUAGAGUCGCCUGGAAUAGUUUUCUCAGCAUCUUGAAUGAGUUCCUGAAGGUGCUGAACAAUAGAUCAGUCAACUUAGGUCAAGGGAUUGUGGAGGCCAAGCACUAUUUGUUCGUUUUUGUUUGUUUGUAAUUCGGUAUGUGUCUCUUAAUCAUACUAAUGUCUUUAAUAUUAUUCUACAAUGUUGAAAAUAAAUUAAAUAAAUAAAAAAAAAAACAUUGAAUGAGUAGGUGUGUUCAAACUUUUGACUAUACUGUAGUUCAAUUUAUAAGUACUCUAUUUUUCCUCGGUAUGUUCUCUUUCACAAAGGGAUAAAAUAAACAGUUUUGGCUGAAACAGAAAUCGAACAUAAUUAAACAUCACCUGAAAGCAAAAGGAUUUUAAAUCAAUUCUUAUUUUUUUGUCUCUAAUGCAUUAAACAAUGUUGAUUUCUGACGUCAGAACUGAUUUAUUUGUGUUAUGGCAACACUAUACUUUUAUAUGUAUUGUUUGUAUUAAACGUUACUUGUACAAUGUA